AUGAUCGAGCGAAACGCGCGACUGGACAUCAUCAUCGUUGGUGCCGGCCUGGGCGGUCUGGCAGCAGCAGUAUCGUGUGCGCUUGCUCAUCACAGAGUGGUCAUUUAUGAAGCGUCCAAAGAGCUUGCCGAGAUCGGGGCUGGCCUGCAGAUAACACCAAAUGCUUCACGCCUUCUACGGCGAUGGGGUCUCGAAGCUGAAGUCGAAGCUGUAGCCGCAGAACCCACGCUUUUGGCCGUUCACAGGUAUAGUAACGGCAAGGUAUUGGCCGAAGAACGAGACUUCGAUAUGAAGAUGCGACGGAAGUACGGCGCCCCAUUCCUCGAUAUGCAUCGAGCGGACUUGCAAAAGAUCUUGUUCAACAAGGCAUUAUCGCUUGGAGUGCGGGCUGAACUUGGGUUCCGUGUAUCACGAGUCGUCUCUGGGCCCGAAGUCGUCCUUGAGUCCGGCGAACGAGUGCAUGGCGACCUCGUUAUUGGCGCUGACGGCCUCUGGUCCAAAUGCCGUGAGAGUAUGUUGGGGAAGUCCGAUCAACCGUUACCAACUGGAGACCUAGCAUACAGGAUUGUUCUCGAGCUCGAUAAAAUCACGGAUCCCGAACUCAGAGAGUGGAUCAACAAUCCACAGGUGCACUUCUGGUUAGGUCCAUAUUCGCACGCUGUCGGCUACUCACUGCGGAAUGGUACCAUGUACAAUAUCGUCCUGCUGUGCCCUGAUGACCUACCAAAGGAUGUGUCCCGGUCGAAAGGAUCUGUGGGCGAAAUGAAAGCUCUCUUCUCGGGAUGGGAUCCUAUCCUUACGCGGUUUCUCGAGCAAGUCGAUCAAGUGGACAAAUGGAAAUUGAUGCACCGGGAGGAGGUGCAAUCAUGGACGAAUGUAGAGAAGAACUUCGUGCUGAUUGGAGACUCUUGCCAUCCUAUGCUGCCUUACCUGGCACAAGGCGCAAAUUCGAGUCUUGAGGAUGCUGCGGUUCUCGGUGGGCUUCUAUCGUACGUGAAGUCGAAGGAGCAACUUCCUCGGGCUAUAACGCUGUACGAACGCCUACGAAAAUCACGGAGUGAGAAGAUUGUUCGUGAGACAUUUCAUCAAAGAGAUGCAUUCCACAUGCCUGACGGGGAGGCACAAGAGCUGCGAGACUCGCUGUUCGCCUCACAAUUCGGCAAAAGCAUAUCUUGCAAAUUCCCGAGUCGAUGGACAUGCCCAGAAGUGCAACCGUGGUUAUACGGCUACGACAGCUAUCACGAAGCCGACGAGGCCAACAAAUCACAUCCGUUAUCGAGCAUCGGUGAUAUCGGAUCGGCUUCACCGCAGAGUCUCUGA